UCAUUAUUUUGCAGGCUGGGUGGGGUAGGUCGUUUAUUGAUCGAGACGGUUGAAAGUUUAUUUCUGGCAGCACCAAUUCAUACUCUUUGCGUCGUUUAUUGUACCUUUAUAGACUCUUUGGUAUCGUGAGAAAAAUGGAAGCCGAGAGUGUGGAAGCCGGUGGAACAAAUCACUUACAAAAUGUUUUAUCUGAAACAGAAAUUGCAGACAUACCAAAUACUGUUACCGAUAAAAUUAAUGCAUUUAUUGAGAAAAAAUUUGAAGAAUACCUGACCUCUAAAGCAUUGUGUGAAACUAGUAAAUCACAAAUAGAUGACAAAAUAACAACUGCUGAAACCACAAUACUUGAAUACAAAACCAAAUAUGAGGAUACUGCUCAGAAACUAUUAGUGGCUGAGGAAACAAUUGAACAACUUGAAAAGCAAGUUGGGUCACUAAAUAAUGAGUUAGAAAAAGCCAGAGAAAAAAUUUGUCGAUUGGAAAAUGAAGUUAUAACAUAUAAAAGUUCUAGGGAUGCUGCAGUUGAUGAACGAAAUGAUCUGACAAGGAUUUUGCAAAGGCGUGAUGCCGAAAUCGAAAGGCUCACUGCUGCUGAAACCUCAUUAUCACAACAACUUCGUGCUGCUAUUGAUUCUAAGUGUGAGGCAUUAGCUUUAAAUGAUGAAAUACAGAACAAAGAACUAUCUUUACAAUACAGAGAAAAGCGAUUGGAUCAAGAAAGAGUUCUUCUUAAUUCUCAAAUAACUGCAUUAAGCGAAGAAGUCAAUAGGCUUACUUCAGAAUUACAAACAGUAAGAUUAAACAACACCAGCAGAUUGGUUAGCUUAGAAACCCAACUAACUGAAAAAAUUGAAGAAUUAAAUAUAGCAAAUGAAACAAUAGAGCAAUUAAAUGAAAUAAAAAAGAACCUUAAUAGUCGUGUUGAAAGUCUUACUCAACGUUUAAUGGAGCAGCGUGAAAUUGAAAAUAAAAUGUCAGAAAACUACAAAAAAGAAUUAGAUGCUAAAUCUAAACUAGCUGAUCUGUUUAAAACUAUGAAUGACGACUCAGAGGCAAAAACUACAGAAUUGACUGAAGGUAUAUCAGAAUUACAGAAGUUGUUAAAUGAAGCCUCUGAAAAAUAUGGCGAGCUAGAAACAAAAUAUAAACAGGCUGAAAUUGACCAUGAGGAAGUGUUGGAGAAAAAGAAUGAAAUUAUUUCUUCAUUAAAAAAUGAAUUGGAGCAUGCUAAUGAUCUAUUAAAAGCUGCCACAGCUCAAAAAUUAGAAAUGGCUCUUAGUGAUUUAGCACCAUCUGCAGCUAUUGCAAGUAAACUAUUGAAGUCAGGAAUGUCAUUAACUCAAAUCUAUUCACAACUGGUGAAGGUAACAGAUGAGUUAGCUCAACAAAAAGAAGAAAAUAAACGUCUUGAUAUGACAAUAAAUAAAAUUGUUCAAGAAUUAGAAGAUAAAGUUCCUUUGCUACAUAAACAAAAAGCAGAUUAUGAUGAAGUGUUAGAAACUAACACUGCUUUGACUCAGCAGAUUGAUGAUUUGUUGUCUGAAUGCAGUAGGCUAAGAGAUUCUUAUGAAGAAUGUGCUAAAAUAUCAAACCAUUAUAACAGAGAAAAUGCUAGACUUAAAGGUGAACUAGCUGACUUAGGAAGGCAAGUUUGCUUUUUGUUAAAAGAAAUAGAACACAAUCGAGGAGGACUACUCAAUGGCGAUCAUGAUUCAUCAAAUACACCAUCAAAUGCUGGUAAUUCAUCUGAUUUAAAUUCAUCUCGAGUUAUAUCAAAGACAUUAGUAACAUUUAGUGACAUUCAAGAGUUGCAAGCUAAUAAUCAAAAGCUGUUAAGAAUGAUUCGAGAAUUAACGGACAAACAAGAAGAAUUGGAAAAGAAUAAAGAACAAUAUGAAAGUGGGGAAAUGGAAAAUAGGAUUGAAACUUUACAACAAAGGGUUACCGAACUAACAGAAGCUCAAGAAAGGCAAACAAAAAUGGUAAAUGGUCUGAUAAGGCAACGUGACAUGUUUAAAAAAUUAUAUCAUGAUCAUAUGAGGGGUAAACGCCAAGAAAUGUCAUCUAUUUUUGAUACUUCUGAUUUAGAAAAAGGGGAUUCAUUUGCAAUGGAUACUGCAACUGAUAAUUCUCCAAAGCGUGUCAAUAAUGAUAUUUCGUCAUUUGAAGCAAAAUAUAGAGAGUCUGAGAAACAACUAGAACUUCUUAAAGAGGAACAUAAAACUUAUAAAGAAGAGAAACUAGCCACUGAAAAAAUGUUGUUUGAACAAAUUGAUAACAUGCGGCAGGAAAUUGCUAAAUUAACGGCUGCCAAUAGUAAAUGUGCUUCAACAUCAGAGUACAAUAACGAACGCCUUAAAAUAUUACAAACUAAUCUAACAACAUAUAAAAAGCAAAUUUCUUCAUUAGAAGAAAAAAAUAAGGCUUAUAAUGCUACAAUUGCCAAACAUGAAGUUUCUUUGCAACAUUUAAGAGAUGAAGUAUUAAAUGCUCAAGGAAAAUUAGCCGCUGCAGAGAUUCAGCUCGAGAAUCUAAAGCUCGAAAACAAACUAUUAAAAGAUGCUGAACUGCGAUUACAAACAGAGAAAGAAAUAGUGAAUCGAGAGAGGCAUGGCCAAUCUUUACUUUUGAAAAACUUAGAACUAAUAAAAGCAAGCUUAGAGCGGGUUGAAGCAGAAAAUCGUGCUAGAAUUGAAACUAGAUUAGAUGAAGCAACUCGGGAGUGUGCAGCUCUAAGAAGAAGAUUACAAGAAGAGCAGGAUAGAUUUAGAGAGUUGUCAGACCAUCUUGAACGUCAAACAGAAACCGCUAAGUCGCGUAUGCAAGAAGAAAAAGACGCUGCCGAUUUGUUGCGGAAAGAAAUUCAACAAUUAAGAGAGCAAUUUGUUGAAAAAAAUAAAAAUAAUGAAGAGUUAGCAAGAAAGCUUAAAAUCGCUCUAUCGCCAAACACAGAUGGUUCGCUUGAUAUUGUUAAAAAAAUGAAAGACUUAGAAAACAAACUGACCGAGAAGGAUGAUCUGAUAAAAUCACUUAGUGAGCAACUUAAUACAUCUAAAGAACAUAUUAAACAAUAUUGUGAUAUCUCAGAAAGUUCUGAGAAAGAACUUAAAAUUUUAAAUGAUGAGUAUGAAAAAUACAAAUUAGAAACAGGAACAAAGCUUUCUGAGAAUAUAAAAAAAAUACAACUACUGGAAGGAAAAUGUUCCGAAUUAGAAGCAGAAUUAUUACUGCAUGCUAAUGGAGACUAUUCCAAUGCAAACAGUGCUUUGAAAAAUGAAUUACAAGCUGUUAAAGAAGAAUUAAAUAACUCAUUGACUGACUUUGACAAUUGCAAAUGUGAAUUGGAUGCUGCUCGAACUGAAAUUACUAAGUUAUCAGAAGCUGUACAAAAAGCAGAAGAGAAAUACACCCAUGAAAUGAUACUACAUUCUACUGACAUUCAAACGUUAUCUCAGGUUAAAGAUGAGUUGUCAAAAGCACAAAAUCAACUAAAUGAAAUUGUAGCUUUAAAAAAUAGUACAAUAGAAAAAAUGGAGGCGGAAAAGUCAUCGUGGAUGGAAAGAGAAAAGAUCCUUACAAGCGAGAACGAGCAAUUAGUUCAGCGCUUAAAGGAUUUGAAUGAUCAAAAUUCGUUAUUACAUGACCAAAUUCAGGCUUUAGGUACACAAUUGUCAAUAACUCAUGCAUCUAGAUCUCGUUCCGAAAGUAUGAAUGAAUCUGCAAACGACUCAAAUAUGAAUAUUUCAGUUAGUGAUGAUGAAGCAAAAUCUUCUGAACAACUAUUCCAAAUAGUAAAAUUCCUAAGGAAAGAAAAAGAUAUAACAAUUGCUAAGUUUGACAUUUUACAAGCCGAAACAAUGAGAUUACGAUCACAAUUAGAAAUUACUGAAAAACAAUUAGAUGAUUGUAAGUUAACCCUUGCUGCUGAAAGAGAAAAGUCUGAGGUAAGUAUGGUAACAGUAAAUAAGCAAUCUGAUAUUUUAAGAAAAAUUGAGACAUUGAAUGCGUUGAUCGACAGUAAUAAGAUAUUGCGAGAAGAACGAGACGCAUUAACAAAGCGUGUCGAAGAAUUAACGGUAACAAUUAAAUCUUUGGAAGAUCAAUUAUCACCACUACAGGACAUGAUAGCUGAUUUUACAUCCAAAAAUGAAACAUUGCAAUCUGAAAAUACUUCAUUAAAAGCCGACUGUGCAAGGUGGAGGGCAAGAGUCAAUGCUUUAGUUGAACGUGCUAAUAAAACUAGUCCAGAAGAUUGGAAGAGAUUGCAAAACGAACGGGAAACUUUAGCUAAAAUGUUAACAAAUGAGAAAGAAAAUCUUAAAAAAGUUAAUGAGGAAUUGGGGGCUCUUAAAGUAGAAAAAGCGAAAUUAGAAGAACAAUACAGUCUACUUUCACGCCAACAAAACAACGUAAUGGAAGAAAACAAAAAACUUAAUGAAGAAUUACAAGUUCUUAAAGAUGAUAUGGCACGUUUGACGGAGGAAUUAACAAAAGUUAAAUCGGAAUUUACAUCAGCCACCGAUGGUAAUGCUAAGCUUACAGAAGAGGUUUCUAACAAAGAAGCUGCCCUUAAUGAUAUAAGAAAUAAAGAGAUGCAAAUUAGAAAAAUCGCAAAAAAAUAUAAAGCACAGUAUGAGGAACUUGUAAAAACAGUUGAAGAAGAAAAGAAAAAGCAGGAAGGUGAAGCAGCUGCUGCUGGUGCAGUAUUAGUGGAAAAUACCAAAAAAAUAGAAGAACAGUUAACUGAAUUACAAUUGCAACUAGAUUUAGAAAAGGCUAAUAACGAAAGACUAAAACAAGAACUUGAGGCACUCAAAACUGCUAAUAUGGAUAAAGAAGAAAAAGCUAAACAAGUUUUAAAGCAAGCUAAAAGUAAAAUAGUUCAAUUAACGGAACUGAAAAAUUCUCUUAGCCGUGAGUUAGACGAAUUACGUAAUAAAAUUGGGACCAUCGAACAAAGUACCCGUGACGAACAAGACGCUAGGUUAGAACUUAUAAAGUCGCAAUAUGAAGGACGAUUAACCCGUUUAGAGAAAGAACGAGGAGAGGCACAAGCAGAGAAAAAUAGAGAAGUUGAUGCUAGGAAUAGAGAGGUCGAAUCACUAAUGCAAAAAGUUAACAUACUUCAAAGACAAUUAGCUAACCAGACAUCGGCAUCUAAACAACAAGCCACAACUGAGAAAACUACUACAGAUCCUCCAACUGCAAAUAUCAAACCGAUGGCUGGUGUAGCACAGCAAAGUGUUUCGGCUAGUCGGCGCGGUGGGGAGACACCUCUAGCGUCAAUCCGCCCCAUGGCACAAGUGGGUCCUACUGCUCCACAUGAUGCACAUAGCACGGAGUAUAUGCCUGCGUCCUCUUCAAGACCGUUACCUAGAUCUGCGAUAGCAUCUGCUGCCUCUACUGCCACUGCUGCACCUCCCGAAUCAACACAGGAUAUGGAUACAAGUGAAGCUGGAAUGGGCAGCUCUGGUUCCAGUGAUAGUACAGCUCAGUCUUCUUCUCAUUCCCAAGCGCCACAACAGGCCGUGGCGCUGGUGAUGCCGCGCAUAGAGCAGCCGAGCGGCGCCAACUCGGGCGCGCUCGCGCCGGCCGCCAGCUCGGCGCCCGGCGCACCGCCCGCUGUAGCGCCACCCCUCGCCGGAGGUGUCAGCGCGAGCCCCACGUCGGCGUCCGCGGCUGGCGGGCAGUCCGGCGUGAGUACGUCGCACGCCGCGCCGCUGGUGAGCACGUCGCACGCGGCCCCGGGCGUCAGCACGUCGCAGACAGCUCCUGGCGUCACAACCACCCACACCACUCCUGGUGUCAGCACGUCGCACGCGGCUCCCGGCGUGAGCACGUCGCACGCGGCUCCCGGCGUGAGCACGUCGCACGCGGCUCCCGGCGUGAGCACGUCGCACGCGCCGCCCGACGCUCGUCCACCUAAGCGGCGGUUGCAACAGCGACCGGUGACCGCUAAGCGAACUAGAGUUCAGGGUUUUGAACGUUCAGUAGAAGUGGAAUACCAAGUGCCAACUUCAUCGCGUUGUGAUCAAGACGAUGAAGGUGUCAUCGUAGUAGAUUCCGAGGAAGAUGAUGAGCGCUGUACUGGCACUAUGUAUAGGGAAGGAGAGGAAGAUGAAGAAGACAUGGAGGAGGAGCAGGACGUAGAAGGCGGCGAGGAGGAAGAAGAGGUCGAAGGCGAAGAUGGGGAAACUAUCACUCGCCCGUCGUUCACUCUUGACAGAGUGGUCGUGGUUGACGACGAUUCAUUAGCUAAAGCAGCCCCCGCUAUACGUCUCCACUUGAUGCGGUUUUCAGCGUCUCGAGAACUCUGGACUAUGGAGAUCUGUGUCGCAGCUUUGAUGAGGUCUGUCCAACGCGAGUCGCCGGCGCAGAGCCCCGAGGCGGGCGGAGUGGGCGACGAGGGCGAGGAGAGCGAGCUCGGCGACAGUGGCGCGCGCGCCGCCGCCGAGCCCGACAGCGAGCCGCCCGCGCACCGCCAGGUCGACGCCAUCAGCAGCGGGCCCGAGCCCAGCGGAGCUUUAUCAUUAGGUGGGAGCGGUGCCGACGAUGGCGACGAUAGCAUCGUUCCUUCCACUCCUACACUUUAUGUUCCUAGACGAAAUGACGGAUUCGGUGAGGCGGUAGUGUCGCCGGUGGGCGGCGCGGGUGCCGAGAGCGCGGGCGCGGCGGGGGCGGCGGGCGCGCGCUUCACGUUCGCGGAGGCGGGCGGCGCCGCCUCGCACCACGACACGCACGCCGACCUCGCCGCCGCGCUGCCGCCGCCGCACGCCGCGCACGCCCGUGAUGAAGGAGAGUCACGUGAAUGGGAAGAGUCGCGCGCUGAUGAAGAAGCAACGGCUGUGAGCUCUCAGGGAAGCGAGCCAUCUUCACCACAUCAGGUGGCGGAGGAGGGGCGGGAGGCAGAGGCAAGCGCGGCGCCGCGCCGCGCUGCGCCCGCGCCGCCCGCGCACUCGCCGCACCAGCGCUGGAUGCGCGCCGCCGACAGUGAAAGCGGGCCGCGCGGACGAGGUAUGCGCUCCCGAGGACGGCCAUCACGAAGAUCGCACUACUCGAGGUAUUAAGCCAAGGCAUUGGACGUCCACGACGUGACUUGUAUAUAAUUAUUUUUUUUACAGACUGUUCUAAUUUUGUAUGUUAAUUUAGCGUACUCGGUAUUAUAAUGUCACAUUUAUUUGAAAUGUUUUUCAUGUUAUAAUUGUAAACGAAAUAUCUUCCAUCUAUUUAACGUCUGAGUAUGACGAAUAUAAUAUGACGUAGGUUUAAUGUAUGUUUCCAUAUAACUUUUAAUAGUAUUCGUAAAUAAAAUUUCUUUCAAACAUUUAACUUAAAUAAACCUUUGUCUUAUGACUAACACUAUUAUUAUUAUUAAUGUAAAGUGGAGAGAGAUAAAAAGAAUACAUUUUUUUACGUGUUUAGUUACUAGGACAACAAUUCCAAACUUUAAUAUGGAUACAAUUUUAUUGUCUUUAAUGCAGAUUAUUUAAUAAAAGUGAAAUGGAAUCUA